AUGAGGAGAGCUGGAGAGCAAGUGGGUCUCCUCCUCCUGUUCUCCCUGAUGAUCGCAAUCCAUCCAGGGUCACAGGAGUCCUCCGUCUACCCCCAGGACUGCCAGCCCCUGCAGGUGCUGUGCGACAUGGUCACCGACGGAGGUGGAUGGAUUGUCUUCCAAAAGUGGUCGGAUGGCUCGGUGAACUUUUUCCGCGACUGGGCUGCCUACAAGAAAGGAUUUGGAAACCAGCUGACCGAAUUCUGGCUGGGGAAAGACAACCUUCACCGCUUGACCUCGCUGGGAAAGAAUGAAUUGCGUGUCGACUUCACUGAUUUUGAAAAUCAGCAUUCCUUCGCCAAAUAUGCGUCCUUCCAGGUGGCGGCAGAAUCUGACUGGUAUUGGCUAACUCUGGGAGCCUUCAUGGGUGGCUCUGCAGGUGAGUCCCUGACAAAGUCCAGCAUUCUUCUCCAUGAGCCUCUUGGAAUUGGGCUUUAA